AUGGAGGUAAAGCAAGCAAUUUGCAACCACUUCCAGAAACAGUUUACUGAGCCUUGGAAAUGCAGACCUAGUAUUGGUGGUUCUUUCAUGAGAAUUGAGUCUAAUCAAGUGCAAGAUGAUACAACUAUCUUCUGUGAAGCAGAUUGGACUGAAAUAGUGGCUGUGAAAGAAAUUUUAAGGUGCUUCGAAGUGGUUUCUGGGCUUAAGAUCAAUUUUCACAAGAGUGUAAAUUGUGGAGUUGGAGUGGAGGAUGGGUCAGUGGCUGAUUUUGCAACUAAGCUGCUUGAGUCAAAAACUACCUCUGAAGUAUCUUGCCUGCCACUAGAAGCUAAUCCAGGAAGGAUGCAGCCUAGGAAGCCAAUUGUCGAGAAAUUUAAAAAGAAGCUAACUGGUUGGAAAAGAAGAAUGCUGUCAUUUGCCGGAAGAGUCACACUUAUCAAAUCUGUCUUAUCUUGCUUGCCUAUUUAUUAUAUGUCAUUGUUCAGGAUUCCUAAAUGUGUUGCAAGAGAGAUUGACAAAAUUCAAGCAGCCUUCCUUUGGGGAGAUGAGUAG